AUAAAAUCAAUAUUAAAUUAAUUUAUUUCAAGGUUUUCACUAAUAAUCAUCUACUUUCAUUGUGGUUCAGAAAUUCGUUCCAUGUUUUUACUUAUUAAAGAUUUCAACGUUGAGGACGUGGUUAUUGUUUAUUUAUUGCAUUUUUAGUGAGAAUCCCAGGGUUAUAGGAUCGGAAUUCCAUUUUUAAACUAAGACCACAAGAAUUAAAACAGACGUUAAGUCAUUGCGAGUUUAGAUGCUUCUAUUUUAGAUUCUAUGGCGAUUAUUUCCAAGCUUGCCGUUCUAUGGUUCUAACCUACAAAAAUUUAAGAAUGUAAACAAUUUACUAUGUUAUUAAUAGUGUUUUGUUAAAUCAGAGAUGUCCAAAUCCGAAGAUGAAUUUUGGAACAGCAGCAACCAUUCGGGAUUCAACUUUGAUGACGAAGAGGAUACUGCCCAAGUUAUUGAUGACUUUGUAUUUCACUCGUCUGCAGAAGAUAAUUCGGAAUUUCCAAUUCAUGCAGUCAUUUCAAAAAACUGCUUAGAUCUUGUGUUGGAUGAUAUUCAAUCAACAGUUGACAUUGCUGUACCACCAGUUGAUGAAACUAUUAAGAAAAUGGUGAAUGGUCAUAAAUACACCCUUCAUGUCUAUAUCAAAUUUCAGGAUAAAAUGAAGCUCUUGGAUCAGGCCUUAGACACAUAUGAUGGUGAUGUUAUAAUUAAAGUCAUACUACAUUUAAAGAAUAACCUGACUCCUAACAUAUUUUAUCACCAGCUCUCGAAACGAAAAAUUGCAAUAAAACACUUCGGCUAUUAUUUAAUGAGCCACAACAAAUUUGAUGAACUAGCGGACCUAUAUAUGGCAACUGGAAAUACCUCAAAGAUGAAGGAGCUGUAUUAUUUAACUGGAUAUGGCAUAAAUAGUAAGGAAAUACUGUACAAGAAGUUGGAUCAGUUUAUGAUGCAGCAUUUGCAAAAACUCAACAGUAAUGAUGACAAAUUGGAACUUUAUGAAAAUAUGCAACUUAUUCAAUACCAGAUUAAGAAAAAUUGUGGUGCUAAUUCUGUUGUGGAACAACUUGCAAAGUUGUGUAAAUCUGAAAUUUCUAGCCAAAAUUAUUUAGAGAAACUUCAGGAAUUUAAGAAAAACUUUAAAAUAGACGAUUUUACGUUUGAAUGGGUCUUAAUGAAUUGUCUAGCGUCAAUGAAGCUUUGGAGUCAUUUAAGUGAUGCUUUUAUUAAAACGAAUUGGUUGACUAAAAAGAAUGUCCUAAAAACAGUGAUAAACUCUGAUGUCCUCUUCCAUGGCUUAAGUCGACACAACCCUCCGAAAGAUGUUCUGGAACAAUAUUUAUCCUGUAUAUCUGAUACAGAUAAGGCAUUGUUUUUAGCUCAGAAAUUUCAGUGCCAUAACUUUGUCAUUUUACACUAUGUGAGCCAGAGAGACAGAGUUGCCUUAACCAAUUAUAAGGAAAAAAUUCUCCCACAAACAACUGAAUAUUUUCUCAUAGAAAGUUCUUUGCAGUCCACGGACAAAAAAUGGAAAAAUUGACCACUUCUUAUGGGUUACUCAUAUUCUUUUGUCUUAAAUAUUUUUAUAUCCAUUAUAUAUAUUUUUGUAAACAAUUUUGUAAGGAUG